AUGGAACAGCUGCUUUGCAACCGAGCCAACGAAACCGGUGACUCUCUGGCUGUUAUCGAUGGAAAGCAUCGUUUCACCUACCGUGAUCUUUUGGCCAAGGCUGACAUUUUGGCCACGGAUCUACUCCACAAAGGACUAGCCACUGAAGAACCCGUGGGUAUUGUGGCUGGGCCAGGUUGGCAGCAAGUUAUUGCUCAAGUCGCGGUGCUGAGGGCAGGGGGAACCUCUACACCUAUUGAUCCGUCUGUGCCUGAUAUUCAACUCCACGCCAUGCUUGGCCAAUUAAGCAUCCAAUUUGUCAUGACAACAGACAAUCUAUGGGCAAGAGUGUCUCAAUUCGAGGUACUGCUUAUCGAAACGGUUUUGAAUCCUGAACGCCAGACAGAGAAAUACGGUGAAAUUGAUGUGAUUUCUGGGAGAUCAGAAUGCCACAGAAGUCAUCUUCUCCAUACAUCUGGCUCCACAGGAAAUCCCAAGGCUGUUCAGAUUUCUUCGAAAGCUUUGCUCCACCUCGCCACAUCACUCCCAUUCGACAUUGGACAAGGUGAUCGGGUCGGGGAGCUAAACAACCCAGGAUUUGAUCUGUCUUUGUUCGAAGUCUGGGUUACACUGCUUUCCGGUGGUACAGUUGUGCACAUCCCGAAGUCCAUCGUUAAAGACCCAGCCUCCUUUACCGCCUUUUUGAAAGACGCGAGCAUUACGGCAGUCAUUUUACCCUCCACCCUCUUCACUGCGGUAUCCGCCAGCUCUGCUUCUGCUUUCCAAUGCCUUCGCCAUGUUGUGAGUGCAGGCGAAUCACCCAGUCCUCAGGCAAUGCAAAGGGUCCUCAGCAGUGAUGGUCCUCCUCAAAACUUAUGGAACGGCUAUGGACCUACAGAAACAACAUGCCUCUCGACUCUGCAGCGGGUGACCCAGCAGGAGACCCAGUGUGGGUUGCCCAUCAGUGCUGGAAUACCAGUUGGAGACACUGUGCUCCACCUCCUUGAUGAAGACCGGAAGCCAAUUGUUGACGACGGAAUUUCAGGCGAAAUAUGCAUUGGAGGGCCAGGCUUAUCUACUGGAUACCUGAACCAUCCCGAAGCAAAUGCUGAAAAGUUCAUUGAGGUUGAGCUUGCGAAAGCUCAGGACUCCGGUCGGAUGGAGUUGACCCGGUUGUACCGGACGGGUGAUCUUGGGAUGUGGAAAGGGCUACCGAAACGCCUCCACUACAUUGGGCGUGUAGACCUCCAGGUGAAACGUCAGGGUUUCCGUAUUGAGCUGGAGGAAAUUGAGCGGACCAUCGCAGCAAACGAUAGUGUUCAGGGAGUGGCCUGCUUGCACAAGAAAGCCGAUGAUGGUUCUGGGUCAGAUCAUCUUACGGCUUUUGUCACUCCAGCAAACGGUACACCAGUUGACCCUAGAGAAAUCAUCAAAUGGAUGCAAAGCCGACAUCCAUAUUACAUGGUCCCGGAUCAAGUCAGGAUUGUUUCUGAGAUUCCGCUGACUUCUCGCGGUAAAAUUGAUCGUGCCGCCUUAGCUAGGGAGACCCAAGUACCUCGACCCUUGAAGUCCCCUCACAACCAUGGAAACGAAGAAGACAAGGGCCCCCUCGGCACGAUUGUGGAGAUCUUGGAAGGAAUCCUAGGGCACUCUAAUCUCGGUCCCAAUGACAACAUUCUUUCUCUCGGCCUGUCAUCUUUGCAAGUUGCUCGAUUCCUUGGCUUGAUAAAGCAGAAAGUUGGAACAUCGCUAUCAAUCAAGGAUCUAUACAUCAAUCCGAGCGUUGGGUUCUUGGCAAACCACCUACAUCGAGCUGAUGAAGUAAAUUAUGGACCAUCUGAAAUCCUACAAUUUGAAGCUGACAGUCAUCUUGCUGAUGAAAUUGAGUUGAUUCCGGAUUGGUCUUCCGAGGGUUGCGUGUUCCUUACAGGUGCUACCGGAUUCAUCGGGGUCAAUCUGUUAUAUCGUUGGCUCUCCACGUCAUCUAUGAAGUCGAUAGCGUGCCUCGCUCGGGGCAAUGAACAUUUCUCGCCUAUGGAUCGGAUAAAGAAUGCUCUCAAGAAAUACGACCUCUGGAGCGAAGGAAUUUCCAGGGAAAUGAAGAGAGUGAUUGUCCUGGAUGGUGAUAUAACACAGGAACGCCUCGGCCUUUCGCAGAGUGACUAUCAGUGGCUCACUGGUUGGGCACCAGCCGUCUUUCAUGCAGCCGCGAAGGUCAACUGGUGUGAUCCAUACAGCGGCCAUUUCGCGCCAAACGUCCUAGGAACCAAGAAUGUUCUUCGGGUCGCAGCAGAAGGGCGGCGAAAGACCUUUCAUUACAUCUCUAGCAUUGACGUCUGGGCAGUCACUGGGCUUAUACUCGGAACCGAGGUUGUGUCUGAGGAUGGCCCACUCAAAGUCCAUCUCGCUUCACUCCCUUUUGAUACCGGCUAUGCCCAAAGCCAGUGGGUAGCAGAUGAGAUGGUGCAAAGAGUGCGUGACAAAGGCCUUCCGGUGACUAUCUACCGUCCUGGAUUUGUUGUUGGUGACAGUAAAACAGGGGCAGGAAAUCCAGACGAUUUUUUUAGUCGAAUGAUCGCCGGAUGCGUCCAACUGGGAUACUGGCCGCACCUGCCGUCCCAGAACAUGGAAUAUGUCACCGCCGACUACGUUUGCGAUUCGAUACUGCAUAUCGCUUCAGACAAUCGCAACAUUGGCCGUGCCUAUAGCCUUAGUGCGCCAAACCCGGGUCUAAGUACCAACAUGGAAAGGUUAUGCAUGUUGAUCAACCAGGCUGGCUUUCCACUUCAACAAAUCUCAUACCCAGACUGGUUGGAAAAGCUACAGGCCUGGGAUGGGCUCGAAUCGAGCCCCUUGCUAUCUUUGAUGCCCUUGCUUGCAGAGCCCGUCCUGCGUGACGCUACACGUCUUCAAACAAGCAAGUAUUCGCCUGUAUACGACUGUGUGAAUACCUUGAAGGCAAUUGCCGGCCGCAGCGAUAUUUGUUUUGUCCAACUCACACCGGACCUCAUCAAGAAGUUUAUUAAUUUCUGGACUCGCAAAGGUUUCCACAGAAUCUGA